AAACCCAGUUUCUCUUCCACCUCUUCUUCUCUCGCUCUCUUCCGCCGCCAUCGAUGGCUCUGCCCAUUUCUGGAGCCUCUGCCACUAGCCACCUCCUCACCCGCCCUCUCCUCUCCAAUGGACCCCUUUCCUACGCCUCUACAAUAGCUUCUACGCCGGUUCCUUCCGCUGUUCUCUUCCAUCGACGUGGCUCCGUUGUCUCUGAGGCUGUCGGAUCUCAGCCGGGUUCGUCAGUGCGGUUCGUCGGAAUCAAAUGUCGUGCGAGUCGUUCGGGCUCAGCGUACUCGCCGCUCAACUCGGGUUCCAACUUCAGUGACCGACCACCGACGGAGAUGGCGCCAUUGUUUCCAGGAUGCGACUACGAGCACUGGCUCAUCGUGAUGGAUAAGCCCGGCGGAGAAGGCGCAACGAAGCAGCAGAUGAUCGAUUGCUACAUUCAGACAUUAGCGAAAGUUGUUGGAAGCGAGGAAGAGGCAAAGAAGCGGAUCUAUAAUGUUUCGUGUGAGAGGUAUUUCGGGUUUGGUUGUGAGAUAGAUGAAGAGACAUCAACUAAGCUAGAAGGCUUACCCGGUGUUUUGUUCGUGCUUCCAGACUCCUAUGUGGAUCCUGAAUACAAAGAUUAUGGAGCCGAGCUCUUUGUUAACGGGGAAAUAGUCCAGCGACCACCAGAGAGGCAGGGGCGGGUGGAGCCACAGCCUCAGAGAGCACAGGAUAGACCGAGGUACAAUGACAGAACCCGUUAUGCGCGUCGAAGAGAAAAUACGAGGUAAAAAGCCAUAGAAGAAGAUGAUGGUAUUAUACUACAACAAGAUCUGGGGCCAAAGGAAAGGAAUAGAAGCUAAUGAUCUUACCGCUGAUGAUAAGUCCCGCGAAGCCAAGAGGCCAAAUGCCUAAACCUUUGUAGUUGAAGUUGAUGAUGAACAGACUGGGUUAUGUGAUGGUUAAAUGUAACAUUUAGGCACUGUAAAUGUGGUGGCUAUUUGUAAGUAAGCUCUUUGGUAAGUGUUCAAACUCAUGUUGUCAGUAUCCAAGUCACGCCUGGAUAUGAAUCCAAAUCCUUUCUUGUAA